AUGGCGACUCCGCGAGUUCUUCGUUUCGACGCUGACGGUAGACCCCUUGACUUUUCCGUCUGGCUUCUUCGCGCUCGUCGUCUGUUAGAGAGCCCUGCUCCUGACGACGCUGCUACGGCUCGCUUUGCCCGUCAGCGCGCUGACCGGACGGCUUGGACGUCGCGUGACGCUGCGGCCUGCAUCGCACUCAGCAGCCUCCUCCCUGAGUCCGAGGAGGUCCACUUUACUCAGGUUUGCACCGCUGCUGCGUACCUCACUGCGAUUAAGGCCCGCUACUCUACUCCCGCUACUGUCUCUCUCGGCCGUCUUUUCCUCCCGUUCCUGUUUCCUGAUCUUGCCUCGUUUGAGCGCUCUGCUGACUUGAUCGCUCACCUCCGCUCGCUCGACGCUAGUUACCGCGCUGCUUGCACUGAGGCACAGCUUGCACUGCUUCCUCCCCCCAUGGCGAUUACUGUCUAUUUCAUCGCCACUAGCCUCCCUGACCGCCUUGCCUCCGUUCGUGACGCGCUUCUGCUGAAGCACCCUAGUGAGCUGACUAUCGAGGUCCUUGAGUCUGCACUCAAGGACGUCGAGAGCAACCUUCGUUCGGUAGCUGCCGCCUCUGGUACUGUGUCCCCCCCACUCUUCCACGGGUGCACAGUCCCGCACUUACCCACCUUCACUGCCUCUCUUGCCACUGCCGCUACUGACGCGACUGCGGCUGCUGUUACGACUGCGUCGCGGUCCCGCGGCAGGGGGGGCAAGAAAGGUGGUUCCGGUGGAGGUGGAGGCGGAGGUAGCGGAGGUAGUGGGGGUGCUGUUGCGACUGGCGGUGGUGGGAGUGCAGCGUCUGGAGAGACCCCUCGUGCAGCGGCUGGUGACUCCACUGCACCUGCUGGUGGCGGCGACCCUCGAGCUCGUCAGUCGCCUCCUGUACUGCCGGCCCCGCUAGGUGGAGCAGCGGCGUGGUACCAGGCUCAGCGUUAG